GCUGCCACGGACACCAUGUAGUAGGGCUGGCCGCAGCGCCCAGUGAGCUGCGAUGGUUUUGCACACGACCCCCUUUCCUAAUAGCUGUCUGUCUGCUCUUCACGCUGUGUCCUGGGCCCUCAUCUUCCCAUGUUACUGGCUGGUGGACCGACUGUUGGCCUCCUUCAUACCCACCACCUAUGAGAAGCGCCAGAGGGCUGAUGACCCGUGCUGCCUGCAGCUCUUCUGCACUGUCCUCUUCACACCCAUCUACCUGGCCCUGCUUGUGGCUGCUCUGCCCUUCGCCUUUCUUGGGUUCCUCUUCUGGUCCCCCCUGCAGUCUGCCCGUAGGCACUACAUCUACUCACGGCUGGAGGACAAGGUUGGCGGGGCAGCCCUGCUCAGCGAAUGGAAGGGCACAGGGGCUGGCAAAAGCUUCUGUUUUGCCACUGCCAAUCUCUGCCUCCUCCCCGACUCACUUGCUAGGCUCAACAACGUUUUCAACACCCAAGCACGGGCCAAAGAGAUUGGGCAGAGGAUCCGCAAUGGGGCUGCCCGGCCCCAGAUCAAAAUCUACAUCGAUUCACCCACCAACACUUCCAUUAGCGCCGCCAGCUUCAGCAGCCUGGUGUCACCACAGAGCAGUGAUAGUGGGGCCAGAGCCAUCCCUGGGAGCAUUAAAAGGACAGCCUCCGUGGAAUAUAAGGGUGAUGGCGGGCGCCAGCCCAGUGAUGAGGCUGCCAAUGGCCCAGCCUCUGGGGACCCGUCUGAUGGCGGCAGCCUUGAGGAUGCCUGCAUAGUGCGCAUUGGGAGUGAGGAGGGAGGCCGGCCGCCAGAAGCCGAUGACUCUGCCACUGGGAACCAAGCCAGGAAUGGGGCCACUGGAGGCCCGAAGGGUCAGACACCCAACCACAAUCAACAUGAUGGGGAUUCGGGGAGCCUGGGCAGCCCCUCCGCCUCCAGGGAGUCCCUGGUGAAGGCACGAGCUGGGCCAGAUAGUGGCAGCGGCAGCGGCGGCGGCGGGGAUACAGGUGCCAACAGCAAGCUCCUGUACAAGGCCUCGAUGGUGAAGAAGGCGGCGCGCAGGAGACGGCAUCCCGACGAGGCCUUCGACCAUGAGGUCUCGGCCUUCUUCCCUGCCAACCUAGACUUCCUGUGCCUGCAGGAAGUGUUUGACAAGCGGGCAGCGGCUAAGUUGAAAGACCAGCUGCAUGGCUACUUCGAGUACAUCCUGUAUGAUGUAGGGGUCUACGCCUGUCAUGGCUGCUGCAAUUUCAAGUGUCUCAACAGUGGCCUCUUCUUUGCCAGCCGCUACCCCGUCAUGGACGUGGCCUAUCACUGUUACCCCAAUGGGUGCAGCUUCGAUGCCCUGGCCUCUAAGGGAGCUCUGUUUCUCAAGGUGCAGGUGGGAAGCACACCUCAGGACCAAAGAAUUGUCGGCUACAUCGCCUGCACACAUCUGCAUGCCCCGCCAGAAGACAGUGCCAUCCGGUGUGAGCAGCUGGACCUGCUUCAGGACUGGCUGGCUGAUUUCCGAAAAUCUACCUCCUCGUCCAGCACAGCCAACCCAGAGGAGCUGGUGGCGUUUGAUGUCAUCUGCGGGGAUCUGAACUUCGACAAUUGCUCCUCUGAUGACAAGCUGGAGCAGCAGCAUUCCCUGUUUACACGCUACAAGGACCCCUGCCGCCUGGGGCCUGGGGAGGAGAAGCCAUGGGCCAUUGGUACCCUGCUGGACACAAAUGGCCUGUAUGAUGAGGAUGUGUGCACCCCCGACAAUCUACAAAAGGUCCUGGAGAGCGAAGAAGGCCGCAGGGAAUACCUGGCCUUCCCCACCAGCAAGAGCCCGGGGGCCGGACAGAAAGGGAGAAAGGACCUGCUGAAGGGCAAUGGCCGGCGAAUUGACUACAUGCUGCAUGCUGAGGAAGGCCUGUGCCCGGAUUGGAAAGCUGAGGUGGAAGAAUUCAGUUUUAUCACCCAGCUCUCUGGCCUGACGGACCAUCUCCCAGUGGCUAUGCGGCUGAUGGUGUCUGCAGGAGAGGAAGAGGUGUAAAUCAGCCAAGCCACCGGCAUCCGGAGCAGGGGGGCCUCUGCUAACCUUCAAAGUACAGCCCAUCCCUGGGCUGCAUACCCUCUACCCAGCAGCAGUGCUGGAAGGAGGAGGGGAAGGGGCAGGGAGGGAGCCUCAGUCAAUCCCCAGGGAGCUCAGCGCCUCUGGGCCCUCUCUGAGGGCCAUCUCCCGGGACUCAGGCUGGCCUGGGAGCCCCUGGCUGCCUAACCAGUGCCAUUCUUUCCAAACACAAUUUUCUACAGAUCUACACAGCACAACCUAGUUUGUAACCCGAGCGUUAGUUAUGAGGACCGGGUUUAUGUACUCUUUGUAUUUCUUCU